UCCCGGAUGGAGGGCUGCCCUGAAAACCAGCAGCAAGACCAGCCCCACAGCCACUGUCCCACCAGCCUCCUAACAGUCCAGAGCUGCAGGACUCCAGAACAGAGGUGCUUCCACAGGAAAUUCAGGCCCUUAAGCCUCAAGUUGCUGUGCCUUCUGACUAGGGGACAUAAGACCACUCUCAAGAUCUCCUUUCUCUUCCAACGCCUUCUUCUUCCCAAUAGCCCUUUGCUGGUGCUCAUGUCAGUCAAACCCAGCUUGGGGCCUGGCCCCAUGCAAGAGCCUACUGUCAUGCCUGACAAUGACUUUAGAGAGAUCCACAACUGGACAGAUCUGCUCUACUUCUUCAACCACACCCUGCCAGAGUGCCAUGCAGAGCUUAGUGAGAACACCAAGAAAGUUGUCCUCUUUGUCCUCUACCUGGCCAUCUUUGUGGUUGGGCUGGUGGAGAACCUCCUGGUGAUCUGUGUCAACUGGCGCCACUCAGGCCGCAUGGGGCUGCUGAACCUCUAUGUCCUCAACAUGGCCAUAGCAGACCUGGGCAUCAUCCUGUUACUUCCCGUGUGGAUGCUGGAGAUCAUGCUAGACUACGCCUGGCUCUGGGGCAGCUUUUCCUGCCGUUUCACUCAUUACUUCUACUUUGCCAACAUGUACAGCAGCAUUUUCUUCCUAGUGUGCCUCAGUGUCGAUCGCUACUUCACACUCACCAACACCUCUCCUUACUGGCAGCACAACCAGCAUCGAGUGCGGCGGGCCGUGUGUGCAGGCGUCUGGGUCCUCUCCGCCAUCAUCCCACUGCCUGAGGUGGUCCACAUCCAGUUGGUGGAUGACAUUGAGCCUGUGUGCCUUUUCCUGGCACCUUUUGAAACAUACAGCACGUGGGCCUUGGUAGUGACCCUGUUCACCAUUGUGCUGGGCUUCCUGCUGCCCUUUCCUCUCAUCGUGGUCUUCAACGUGCUGACAGCCUGUCAUCUUCAGAAGCAAGGACAGCCUGAUGGUUGGCGACACUGCCGGCUGGUGUGUGCCUACAUAGCUGUCUUUGGCAUCUGCUGGGUGCCCUACCAUACAUCUCUGCUGGUGGUCACUCUGCAGGGGACUCAUAUCUCUUUCCACUGCUACCUGGUCCACGUGAUGUACUUCUUCUAUGACAUCAUCAACUGCUUCUCCAUGCUGCACUGUGUCGCCAACCCCAUCCUUUACAACUUUCUCAGCCCAAGCUUCCGCGGUCGGCUGCUGAGCGCUGUGGUCCGUUACCUUCCAAAGGAUCAGGGCAGGGCAGGCGCCCAGGCUUCCUCUUCCUCUUCUUCCACACAGCACUCCAUCAUCAUCACCAAGGAGGGCAGUCUGCCCACUGCAGCAGGCCCUACCCCCACCCAAGCCUGAACUUCCAGCACCCUCUUUGCCUCGAAAUACCUCAUCUCCACUCUGCAAUGUCAUAGCCAGGUGAGGCAGAUUCUAGCUCCUCCAUUGGUAAAAUAAAAGGCUAGAAGGGAAGGUGAGAGAUUCAGGGAUGGGGUAAGGAAUGGGGGAGAAGAUCAAAGCACUCAGGGCAAAUUUUAAGUCUAUUUUAGAAUACUGAGGAGGGGAGAGGGAGAGGGGUUGAGGAGGGAUAAAGAACAGGUCUUUCCUUGAUGCUGCACUGUUUUGUUUUUUUUGUUUGUUUGUUUUGUUUUUUGGUCCUUCUGUCUAAGGGAGCCACACACGCACAUGCAUUAAAAAAGUGAAAUAAGACAGCCAGCCAUGUCUCUGGAUCUCUGAGAACACUGCACUAUAGCUGGGUUUGGAAAAGGAGCAGAGGCCACAGGGAUGCUCUGCAAAAAAAAAACUAGACAUACACAUCUAAUAAAUCACCCUGACCGGAAAAAAUGAGCUCCACAGGAACCUCACAAAACUUUCCUUUUGUUUAUGUGCUUGUUGAUCUUCCAGCUCACUGUGCAGGCUGUGGGGACAAGAGGCCAGAGGCCAAGGAACCAGGAGGCCUCAGCAGGACAUUCCCUAGCUGUGCAUCCUCAGUGCCAUGAUAAGCAGAGGACAGUGGGGAAGCAGGGGUGGGACGAACCUGGUCUGAGACAGGCACCCUGCAGCUGGGUCAGCAGGAUGGUCUCGCCACCCUUAGCACUCAGGAAACACAGCUCCAUUUCCUUGCUGAUAUCCUCCCUUCCCCUUUGUCCAUCCUGGCUUUCCUCCCCCAGAGUACAUGCAGUCAGAGCCCAUGCUCCUCACAGCAAACCUCCCGGCUUUGGGUCUAGAACACUAUCUUCUAGGGCAGUAAUAGUGAAUCUUUCAGGGCUUUCAAUGGUAACAAACAGCUGUGGCAAAGUGUGCAAUAGGUUCACCGCCACUGCUCUAAGGGGGACACAGAACUCCUUAUUUCUCUCUUACUCUUCAAAUCACAGGAAAAUAUCAGGAGACAUCUAUUCAGGAACAGACCUUGAAAACGCCAGCAGAAGAUGCUGGCAGCUGUUGCAUCCCUUGACUCUUGGCCCUUGCACAGGGUUGGGGAAGAUCCAAAGUGGAAAUUUCCCUGCUUUGUGACAGCGCAGAGCUCUGGCACUAGUCACUUCUUCCUGGUCACAUCUUCAUUAUCUUCCUGUGCAGGGACCUGCAUUUACUAACACUUGUUCUAUAGAUAAAGAUGUUCCUCUAAUUAACAAGCAGGUCUUCUGGAACACUCAUUUAUCAGUUUAGGAAAUAAAGACCAUAAAUAUGAAAAAUUGAUGUAAAAACCUAAAAGUAGGUCCUAGUUUCUGCCUUUCAAUUCUAUGUUCUUGGCCACCUGUUUGUAGAAAAUGAGAACUUGUAGAUGAAACUGCUGAUCUCUCAACUUUCUCCUCAGUCCUGCUGAAGAGCAGUGUGUCUGGAAUGUUUAACUUGGAAUAACAAGUCAUUUCGCAGAGAGGAUCUCCUCCGCUCUUUUCUUGUCUGUGCUCUCUGGAAACAUUUUAAUACAUGUCCCAAGGACGCACACACCCAGGCUUGUCAGCAGUGCAGAGGAAAACCAUAUCUACUAUCCACUGCUCACUGGGCCCAAACCUGAAAGGGUCUCAAACUACAACAGCUGCUUGGUGGCACACAGCUGAAGGCUUUCUGAACUAGGAGCCUGUGACUUGGAGGAUAUAGUAAUGACUUGACCUAAGAAUGCAGAAAUCACAUUAAAAUUGUUCCCACUUAAAAAGCAACCCAAAGCCAGGGUGGUAGCACACACCUAUAAUCGCAGCACUCACAAGGCUGAGAUAGGAGGAUCAUUGUGAGUUCAAGACCAGCCUGGGCUACAAAGUGAGCUCAAGGGCAGCCUGAACUGUAUAGUGAGAUGCUGUCUCAAAAAGACCAAAAAGAAAAGAAAAAAAAAAAAAAAAAAAAAGCAACCCAAGAUCAAGUCACUGCCUCCUUUGACCUAGGCCCUAAGAAUUUUCUGAAGGAAAUUCAACUUUACAUCUGUCAUUACCCAGGAUGUCACAGAGGCCAUUUCCCAAGACCAGUUGUCACCAAGGCGGUAUGAAUACUUCCUUAGGGCCCUUCCACCCAUGGAAGGAAGAAUGGGAACUGCUACAAAGCUGUUCUGCUCAGCAAACACUGAGCAUUGAUGAGAACUGGGCCUGGGCCAUGUGCCCUGGGACCAAAUGAACUACAUCACUCUCUACUGUCUUGGUCUGUCUCCUCUGAGGAAGCAUAUUGGUACCAACCUCAUGCAAUUUGGUCAGACCUCUACCUCUUCCCUGUUCCAAUCUUCCUUUCCCCUUUACUUUCCAUCUCCAACUCUCCAUUGGAAAACACUGCUUUACCAUGAAUUAAACAGUAGUUACAAGACAA